CCUGGUUCUCCUAGCCCAGCCGAGAAGGGCGGGAGGAAGGUAGGAAGGGAGGAGGGAGAGCCAGAGCAGGAGCAGAAUGGCAAGCCCUUAGCUGGGGAGAAGCAGCAUUGCCACUCAAACCCCCUUCAUUCCGUGGACUUGGAUUUCUGAGGGAAGAAGCUGGUUUUCUUCCCUAAUUCCUGGGUCAAGGCAUCCGAAGCAGCCAGGGAAAGUCCAAGCCACCUAAAGUCCCUGGCUGGGAGCUGUGUUCCCCUCCUCUACUCUGUCUCCCCCGCCCCCCCGGAUGUCCACCAUGGAGAGCAAGGAUGAGAUCAGCGACACAGACAGCGGCAUCAUCCUGCAGUCUGGCCCCGACAGCCCAAUUUCCCCCAUGAAGGAGCUGACCCAUGCCAUGCGGAAGCAGCAGAGAGCUCUGGAGGAGCGUCUGGAGUUAUGUCUGGAGGAGUUAAAGAGACUCUGUCUUCGAGAAGCAGAGCUGACCGGCACACUGCCGCAGGAGUAUCCCCUCAAACCAGGAGAAAAGGCCCCCAAGGUUCGCCGAAGGAUCGGAGCAGCUUACAGACUGGAUGAACAGACCUUCCGAAGAGAGGACCCUCUGAGCAGCCUGGAGCAGGAGCUGGCACUACAGCUACAGAUUGCAGAGGCGGCCCGUCGUCUCUACAAAGAGGAGAACCUCACCAAGCAGAUCCGAAGACAGAGGAAGCAUGCAGUGCUGCAGGAGGAGAAGAAGCUUCGGGAGCUAGAACACAGCCUUAAUGAACGGAGGCUCAGUAGUGGGUGUGCACCCCUUUCUCCUGCCACCAUGCUCAGGGGAGAGCUGAGCACUUCUGAUGACAGCUCCCUGUCAGAUGCGGUGCUAUUGGAAGAAGAAGAAGCCCAGUUGCCAAAACCUGUUCCAGAGUCCCCGGCACCGCCUACCAGGUCACUCCCGCCCCAGCGGCUGGAGGGGCUGAAGCCAGCAGGGCCUGAGGCUGGGGGUCCAGAGCGCUCUCCAAUCCAGAACAGCCCCUGGAAGGAGACGAGCCUGGAUCAUCCCUAUGAGAAACCCAAGAAAUCUCCCUCAGAAUUUGAUAGCGAGUCCAGCAGCCCAGCCACGACACCCCAGGAUGGGCCGAGCUCCCUCAGCUCCUGGGUGCUGGAAGCACCUGCAUUUCACAUGGUCCCACUCCGAAAUGUUCCUGGACAAGUUCAAGGCCGGGCAAGUGCCCCUGCUACCCCAGAGAUUCAGGGGAGACGGGGGCAAUCUCAGUCUCUAAGGGUAGAUUCCUUCCGGGUGUGCCCAGAAGGCCGUGGCCGAAGUGCCAUCCCUCGCCGGCGUCCCACACACUAUACAGUGACUGUUCCUGACUCCUGCUUCCCUUCAGCAAAACACCCCCUGCCCCACCCUGCCUACCACUCCGGCUCUGAAGAUAGCAGCUCUGAUGUCUCCAGCAUUUCUCAUGCUACCUCUCCAGGCAGUAGCAGCCCAGACAUCUUCUUGCGGCCCAUGUCCCCAUCUGACCAGCUUUGUUCCCGGAGAACCUGGGUCUCUGCUGAUGGACGUGAGCUGGCAGCUUAUUAUCCUAAGCUGUUGCCCCCGUCUGGAUAUUUCCCACCAGGGAGGUAUGUAAUGGUGGCUGAUAGGCAACACUUGCCUGCUGGAUGGGAGCUUUGCCACCUGGGACCUGGCACUGUCUACGAUGAAGAUGGAACCCCUCUGCGCUACCAACGACUAGUGCCCUCUCACAGCCGGAUUGUGAGGACACCUUCCUUGAAGGACAGCCCUGCAAGCAGGGGACUCAGCAAGGCAGCUGUAUCAGAGGAACUCAAGUGGUGGCAUGAGCGGGCACGGUUACGGAGUGCCCGUCCACAUUCAUUAGACCGGCAGGGGGCCUUCCGAAUGAGGAGCCUCCCUGCAGGCAGAGAGUCCUUUGGGAGAGUCAUGGGGAGAACACAGAUGCCCAUGGUCCAUGUGCUGAGGAGGACGUCUGAUGGAACCCCUAUGCAAGUCUAUGUACCAGAGAAAGGAGAGGUCAUCAGUCAAGUGUGAUGCUAUGGCUCCCCUCUCGUGGUUAUGGGGUGCUGCCACCCCACUGCUGGGAAGACUUUAGUCCAUUAAGGAGGGUGCCCUGGACUUUGGGGUUGGCCUUAGCCCGUACCCUGGCACCUCUCCUCAGUUCCUUAUACUCAUCGCAGGUCGAUGAGCAAGACCUCAGACUUCCUCUGAUUUUAGUUUAGGAAGCCUGGCCUGAAAUUUUAUACUUCUGUGUUAUUUUCAAAGAUGCUGUUAUGUUCUGCUUUAUCCCAUCUGUCUGUCUGUUAUGUUUGACCACAUCAGUCAUGAGUGAGCCUCCUGUGUUAUGGUUGUUUAAGAGACUGUCAACAGAGGCAAACCAUGCCCAUGUCCCUCUGUGUUCGAGGCCAGGCAUCUCCAACACCUGCUGGGGGGGUUUGGGUAACAGGUGUCUCCAAAUCCUCCUGUCUCUGCAGGACUCACUAUCCUGAUGGGGAGGGCUUUCUCUCUGUUUUCUGUCCCUUAGAAAUGUGCUCUGUGAUGCACAGCCCAAGUGAUGGUUUCCUUAGCCCACAGAUCCAUGUAGAGGAGCAAUUCCUUGUCUUAAAUUUAACCUGGAUGGAAGGAAGGGGAAAGAAUAAAAUGUGUCUGGUGUGA